AUGGCGGAUCCCACCACCAAGCGCUUGAAGGAGGAGACGGGUGAGUACCGCCGACUGCAGGAGCAGGACGUGUCUGUGAGAACGGGGAGCCAUCUCUUGCUGCGAAUGCAUUUGCAGUGCUGCUGUCCUGUCGGGGUAAGGUUGGCACAUGUCUAUCAUGACGUAGUAGAAGCCACUGUGUUGCCCAAGGCUCGCACUGACGCACUGUCAGCUUUUGCUUCAGCACCAUCGCCAUACUCAGACAAGAUGCAGGUUUCGCCGUUGGAGCGCCCAGCUCUUCCUCAAGGACUUCGGGUGCGGAGGCCAGACCAGGCCAGCGAAGAUGGCGCCUGCCUUCGCCCAGUCAAAAAUGAUAUGGUGCUGACGGCCGAGGAAGAAGCUACAGGUCUCCUGGAAGUCAGCAACAACGUGGACGCAGGCUCGAGCGACCCAGAUGAUGGGAAUGGUCUGUGCGGCCUGUCCCAGUAUGCAUCUGACGAGAGCUGCGAGGAAUCCGACUCUGAGGAAGGUGAUGAUGACCCAAUUUGA